AUGAAAAUCAUCGUAACAGGUGCCACGGGCACGAUUGGCAGCGCCGUGCUCCAACAAGCCAUCGAAAAUCCCGCCGUUACCUCCAUCAUUGCCCUGACCCGCCGCCCCGUCGACACCUCCAGCACUAAAGUGAAGAACAUUAUCCAUACCGAUUUUCUCCAGUAUGAUGACGCGGUCGUAUCGGAGCUUAAAGGGGCACAGGCCUGCAUCUGGGCCCUGGGCUCGCCCACUUCCGGCAAGGUAGUUCACAUCGACUAUACCCUGGCCGCGAUCGACAUGUGCCAGACGCGACUGGUGCCCGAAUUGAAGAAAGGGCAAAAGUUCCGCUUCGUGUAUACAAGUGGUGGCGCAGUGCCGUAUCUAGAGACUGUGGGCUCCUUCCUCUUCGGCGCCAUCAAGGCCUUAGAUCGCGACAUCUGCGCCGUCGCGGACAAGAAUCCACAAUCGUGGGAGUCCGUCGUUGUCCGGCCUUGGUUCGUGCGUGACGAUGCGCCGACCCUCCCCAUGGGCUACAUCUUGCGGCCGGAAUUGGGGGCCGCCAUGGUCGAUGCUGCCCUCAAUGGAUGUCCCACGCAGAUCCUGCCAAAUGCCGAAGCGAAGGCUAAAGGACAAGCUGCGCUGAAA